UUUGUAUGACACAAUGACAAGUACCGCCAUUAAAACAAUUUCGGAUAAGAAAACAAAGGAUUCUCUAUCCUUCACAUCAGAGGAUGAUUUAAAUGAUGAAAUACGAAUAGAGAUCAAUGAAAAAUCCAUUAAACGUGCAGAACUUGUGCAAAGUAAUGCACAUGUAUCCACAUCUAAAAAGUAUCCUGUAUAUGUGGAAUUUUAUGGCAUUCAUUAUUCAAUACCAAUUAUCCAGCAAACAAGACAUGGUAAACAAAUUGAUGAGGAGGUUGGGAAAAACUCACGAAAAAUGAUUAUUCAAAAUAUUCAUGGAUUUGCUAGACCCGGGGAAAUGUUAGCGAUCAUGGGCCCAUCAGGAUGCGGGAAAACUACGCUUUUGAACGUGCUCGGAGGUCGCGUAUCUAAAAAAAAUGCGGAAGGAACAAUUAAAAUGAAUGGACAUCAUCCGACUAAAGACUCUAGGCGUUUUAUAGCUUAUUGUACUCAAGAUGACAUCUUUUUUCCAUACUUGACAUCCCGACUACGCCUUCCACGUGAAGUACCCACUAGUGCAAAGUUGGAGCAAGUGGAAAACGUAAUUCAAGCAUUAAAUCUUUCAAAAUGCUCGAAUACAAAAAUUGGUGAUGCGAGAGUUCGUGGAGUCUCAGGCGGAGAGAGAAAACGGGUUAGUAUCGCAAACGAACUGUUAACCGAUCCUAGCGUUAUUUUGUUAGAUGAACCUACUUCUGGCUUAGAUUCAUCAUUAGCAUUAGAUCUUGUACAAACCUUAAAAGAAUUUGCAAAAAAGCAAAGAAAAACAAUCAUAAUGGUUAUUCAUCAACCCGCAUCACAAGUUUUUGAACUAUUUGACAAGCUGUUACUAAUGGCAGAUGGACAAGUAGCUUAUUUUGGUGAUAGCAAGAAUGUAGUCGAUUAUCUUGCCAAUGAAGGAUUUAUUUGCCACCCUAAUUUCAAUCCGGCCGACUAUAUACUGGAACUCCUAAGCGACUCAACAAUAAAACAAAAAUUAAUAACCGCACAUACUCAAAGAUUACAAUCAGACCCAUCUGGUAAAUUAGUAGUCGAAGAAUAUGUACAAAGACCCAAAACUCCUGAUGACUCAAUUGUAAUAGAAUCUUUAAAGUGUAAAUGGGAGGCGACAUUUCUUCAACAAUUAAUGAUCCUUACAGAAAGAAGUUUUAAACAACGUAGUAAAGAUGUAUUAUCUAGACUGAAUUUAAUACAAAUAUUUGGUAUAACGGUAAUUUCUAGCCUUAUUUGGUUUAGAAUACCUUAUACCGAAGAUAGUUUAUCAGAUCGAUAUGUCACGAUAACCGCAUUUCCAUUAGACUUUGAAGUUCUUAGUAAAGAACGUCAAUCACGUUCUUAUCGACUUCUCACAUAUUUCCUCUCGAAGCAAAUUGCUGAAUUACCACUUAUCAUCGUUUUUCCAGUGACAUAUCUUUCAAUUGUUUAUUGGACUACCGGGAUGGCACCUAGUGCUAGUAGUUUCUUUGCAUACACGGCGACCGCAAUAUUGACGACUUUAUCAUCACAAAGUUUUGGUUACCUUGCUGGAGCUACUUUUAUGAAUGUUCAAAAUGCAACAAUGGCAUGUACACUUUUUAUGUUAGCAUCCAUGUUAUUAGGUGGAUUUUAUAUACGUCAUUUACCAUUUGGGUUGACAUGGUUGAAAUAUCUUUCAUUUGUUUCAUAUUCUUAUUCUCUCAUGAUGUAUAUACAAUUCAGUUCACCAUAUUCAAACUUCCAAUGUUCGAAUUUGGAUCAGCUUAGUGUUUAUUCACAAUGUAAUUCUUCAGAUGGUUAUAUCAAUGGAUUUGCUGUAUUAGAAAAGUUAGAAAUGAAUAUAUUGCCUUGUUUGAAAAGUAACAGUAGAAUUAGAAAAUAA